CAGUACAGUGAAGAAAACUAUAAAGGAUAUGUCAGAAAAUCAGCAAGAAGUAGAUUCAGACCCUAUUACAGAUGUGGAAGCUAUGAUAGAUACAGAAGAAGAACUUAUUAAACAAUGUGAAGAAAUGUGGAAAGACAUGGAAGAAUGUCAGAAUAAAUUAUCACUUAUUGGAACCGAGACACUCACUAACUCAAAUGCUCAGCUCUCAUUACUUAUUAUGCAAGUGAAAUGUUUGACUGCUGAACUUGAUCAAUGGAACAAAAGAAAACCUGAAAUAAUCCCUCUAACUGAAGACGUUUUGUUAACAUUAGGAAAAGAAGAGUUCGAAAAAUUGAGGUGUGAUCUUGAAAUGGUUCUGUCUAUCAUUCAAUCAAAGAAUGAAAAGUUAAAAGAAGACUUAGAAAGGGAGCAACAGUGGUUGGAUGAACAGCAGCAAAUACUGCAAGCUCUGAAUGUGUUACAUAGUGAUUUGAAAAAUCAGGUUGUAACAUUUACUGAAUCAAGAAUCUUUAAUGAACUGAAAGCUAAGAUCCGUAGUAUAAAAGAAUUUAAGGAGAAGCUCUUGCUUACCUUGGGUGAUUUUUUAGAAGAUCAUUUUCCUUUGCCGGGUGAAAGAACUCAAAAGAAAAGGAAAAACAUUCAAGACUUCAAUCCACAGCUGAUAACACUCAAUGAAAUGUUAGAGAUGCUUAUAAAUAGAAUGUUUGAUGUUCCACAUGAUCCAUAUGUUAAAAUUAAUGAUUCCUUUUGGCCACCAUAUAUUGAGCUGCUUCUGCGUUAUGGAAUUGCUUUGAGACAUCCAGAAGAUCCAUCCAGAAUAAGAUUAGAAGCCUUCCAUCAGUAAAAUGAUGGUCUGUUUUCACACAGUAUGGACUCUUUACACCCAUGGAUAACGAAAACACAAGACUAUCUAAAUAAAGAAUAUUAUUUGCAAAUCAA